AUGGUUCACCAGAUAAAAGGAAAAACACAACGACUGAUAAGCUGGCACUUGUAUGGCGGGUAUAGCGGGCACCAUGGGCACGGCGGGUACGGUGGAAAAGACGGAUACGGUGGAGAUAGAGGAUAUGGCGGGUACGGUGGAUACGGACACGGUGCAUACGGAAACAGUGGAAACGUAAACGGUGGAAACGAAAACGGUGGAUACGGUGGAACGGUGGAUACGGUGGAUACGGACACGGUGGAUACGGUGGAUACGGACACGGUGGAUACGUUGGAUACGGUGGAUAAGGACACGGUGGAUACGGUGGAUACUGUGGAUACGGAGGGUAUGGAAGCGGGUACGGUGGCGGCUACGGUGACGGCUACGGUGGCGGGUAUGGACACGGUGGCGGGUAUGGACACGGUGGAUACGGUGGGUACUGUGGAUCCGGACACGGUGGCUAUGGAAGCGGGUAUAGCGGAUACGGUGGCGGGUAUCGACACGGUGGCUGGUAUGAACACGGUGGAUACGGUGGAUACAGUGGAUCCGGACACGGUGGCUAUGAUUAUUAAUCGGCGUCUGGAUAUGAUAACGGCGGUGGCUAUGGUAAUUUUUUUAUGGUUCAAUAUAUUCUUUACUGUUUUUCCAAAAAUCUGAAGGACGGGCGACAGAAUACUGGAAUAACGCAGAUGGCCAGAGGGUCAGGGUUUAUGUUUCAUGGAGACGACCUG